AACAAAGCCAUACAGGUAAAAAGUGUUGUAGGCAUCAUGAACACUUUACUUUGUUGACAAUGUGCAUGUGUAGAAAGCAUCUUUCAGAAAUUGCUUGGUCGCGUAAUCUGAUGCUACAGUUACCAUUUCCUUUCCAGGGCAUUCGACCUGCUGAACUCCAGAAAUCCUGUUGCCACUGGCUUCAAGGCUCCACUGCGGCCAUCAGCGUUCACUUGCCAGAGAGAGACCAUGGAGGCCGCUGGCUUACAACUGAUGCAGCUGCGAAUGGCCAGUGAAAGGCUCGUCGCACAGGAUGGCAGGCAAAUAUCUGUAAUUGCACUGGCAUUCACACUCAAGAGUGUCUCCCAGCUGGCAGAAAGCCUCUUUGAUGCUGACCUGUGCAAGUACAUCUGCACGAGGCACCUGAACCAGGACCCCCUGGAAAUGUACUUUAGUUGCAUAAGCCAGCGAGGUGGCUGGAAUAACAACCCUUCAGCGGCGCAAUUCCGGCAUGCCUACAGGCAGACCAUAGCACAUGCAGCUGUUCUCGGCUCGAAGAAUGCCGUCACUGCACAGACUGAGGUGAUAUGCCUUUCAAGAAGCCAGGGGAAACCCAGCAGCAAUUUGAGUGACAGCUAUGAAGAGCAGUCAGCUGCAAUGGUGGAUGCUCCGCUCGAGCACGACUGUUUUUCUCUGAGCGAAUAUGCCUGUGAAAUAGUCCGCUACAUCGGUGGCUUCGUGGUUAGUGCUACCAGCAAACACCUUCACUGUGCAGACUGUGCUCACCAAUGACACUGUGACUAGCUUGCUCGCGUUCAUAAAGGAGAAUGGUGGUCUUAUAGAACCACCGCGCUUUGUGCAUGCAGCAAUGUGCGCAGCGGAGACAGUGCUACGCCAAGGCACCACGACAGGAGACAACAUCCACAAGAUAACUCUUAAGGCCUUCCAACAAUUCGCGAAGCAACAUGAAGUCGUGCUUCACGAUUGCACACACUACUGUGAAGACCCGCAACAUGUGAUAAGCCUCAAAAAAGUGCUCGAAAAAAAGUAUAUCACUCUUCGAAUGAAAGACAUCGGUAGGCGCCGCACUGAGCAGAAGCACGGUGCAUACCUCAGGCAUGUGCUCACAAAGCGUGUGCUAUUUGCUCACCAGUGAUUGACCAAGCAAGUCAACCUGAGUGGAACGAUCCUACAUUGUGCACACAAAUCAUAUAAGCUUUUGUGACAAGAUAGCUCCUGCAAAGAUCGCAAGAGUUGUUGUUUAUGUGUAGUUACGAUACCCGACUUCUGCGAUGCCACAGCUCCUGCAAAUACUGCAACAGCUGCCACUUUUGUGUACUUACAGGGUCCGUGAGUGUUAUGACGAGACAGCUCCUGCAAAGACUGCAAGAGUUGUUGUUCAUGUGUAGUGACGAUACCUGACUUCUGUGAUGAGCCAAGUGACGCAAAGGCAGCAGAAGAGCUGUCACUUUUGUGACAGCUCUUCAUUUGAAUUUCAUUUGCAUUUGCAGAUUUGCUUCAUUUGCAGAUCAUUUGGAUUACACUGAACUCAUGGCUCCGCCAAUUCUGAUGCAAAUGACCCAGUGGCUGCAUUAUGGGGCCAUUACAAAAAUUAUGGGGGGAGGGGCAAGAUUUGUUCAGCCCCACCACUCUUGCCUCCUCGUGAUUCCCCCUGGGAAAUGCUGGGACUCUAACACUGGAUUAACGCCAGUAGGGUAAAGAGAGUGGAAAGCAAUAGUUAAAUAGACACUAGAGCUAAAGCCUCUUUGUUGUUGGCAUGCCUCAUGGAGCAGGCAUGUACAAUUUUCACAUACAUAAAAUUUUAUAAUGCAAGAACAAUGCUUUGUGAAACACACACUGUUCUAAAAGAAGAAAAGCAAAGUAUCAGGUUAUAUACAUGAGGAGCUCCUUUAGGUAUUCUGCCAUAGCAAAUUUGUCUAAUAAGUUACCACACAAACCUCUUGGAGUCCCAUUUACGGACACUGAGCCGAGGCAGCGUAGCUGCUAGAGCCUCACAGCAAAUUUAAUCAUGAUGUCAUGAAACUAAUCAUCAGAUUGUGGACUGCCAUUCCAGAGACGUCAAGGCUCUGCUCGGUCUGGACCUCGAGAAGGCUUUCGACAAUGCGUGCUCCCCACCAUCAUCGUAAAGACCAUUUCAGACCUGGUCUCGGUCCCAGAUUCCACAGCUACGUCUGCUCUUUUCUAACGGACAGGAAGGCCAAGCUUUGCAUUGGGGACUUCCGCUCCGACGAUGUGCCCCUCGGAGGGUGGGGCACACCUCAGGGCGCUGUCAUCUCCCCACACUGUUUAACAUCUGUAUGAUUGGUCUUUCCGAGAGGUUGGCACGCGUCGAGGACAUCAAGCACACCAUCUACGCCGACGACAUCACCUUAUGGUGCUCCGGCGGCUGCGAGGGCAGAGUUGAAGAAGCCAUGUAGGAGGCGAUCGACGUGAUCAAGGAGUAUCUCCGCCCCACAGGACUUCCAUGCUCCCCCGCCAAGUCGGAGCUUCUGCUUUACAGAAAAGAGAAGGGAGGCAGACCCAAAGAUUGGACGCCAAUCUCCGAAAGCAGCAUAAGUCUUUGCACUUGUGACGGGGGGGGGCUCUCGAGAGGGCUCUCGGGCUACCCAUCAAGAGGGCUCUCAAGAGGGCCACACGAACACUGCCCUUCGAAAAGCCCACACCGAAGCAAGAAAACUUGGUCGAGCCGAGGUCGUCAAACACCGCCUUAAGAUUGAAAGAACAAGAAGGCCUCUUCUUACUACUAAAUUCUCAAAAGCAUCCCAAACGUGAACAUCCUCAAUAAAUACUAGCCAAUUCUCACUGGCAACUUUAUAUUUUCCGCCCCGCCCCAGAUCCCUCCAGAUAAAGCAUUAAUUUCAAGGACAAUCUUGUACAUGCCAAACUAAGGACAAAGACGAUACCAACAUGCUCUCCCCGUAGCCGCCCUAGGUGCUCAAAUUUCAAACAUGUACAAUCUGCUACUAUAGUAAAAUGGGCAGUGUCCGAUUACUUUCCCAAGGUAAGUCGAAGUUCCACCUGCACGUCAAUAACUUAGUCCACUGGGUAGAGUUUGUCACUUGUACCAGACGAUACAUAGGCGAGACUCGACAACAAAUUCAUACCAGCGUGAACAGCCAUCCCUGAUACAAAGCACAGCUUUUUUAAAGCACCACAGCAAGCCACAUAAAUGAACACGGCCAUGUACUCGACGAAGAAAGACUUUAUAUAGUAUAACCAAAUUCCCGUUUACCAAGUGAAAGGGAAUUAUGCAGAAUUAAAACUCAUACACAAGUUUAAAUGCGUAUGCCCUAAGGGAAUCAAGUUGGCACGUGGCAACAUAGAAUCACUAAAAGCUGUUACCACUGAAAUCUUCAAAUCAUUAAUAAAGGCACCAAAAUAUGUUGUGCUACUAGCCAACGUACAUUCUUCAGCUUAUCUAUGCCUCCUUUUCCAGCUCUUCCCUACCUCUCCCAUAGCACUACAUUUAUAUUUCCGUGUCUUUCCAUGCAUCUUCACAUAUAUCACUUUGAAAAGCAAAAUGACACAAUUAUACGACACCUUCUCACGUAUUCAAUUCUCCCCUCACGCUUCCUUUGCCAAUUUUCUUCUUUAAUUAAAAACAGGCCUCCGACACGUCGCUAAGUGCCAAACUUCAGCAUGGCGUUUUUGGUGCCUAUACGCCACAGGACCAUGCCACUUCUGUAUAUCGUCGCAACGACGCCUAAACCCAUCUACUGAGGCCAAGAUCCCUUUAGGGACCAACCCACUCCCUACCACCGCGUAUCCCACCCACCAGCCCCCGUUCUUUCCCAGCGACUCCACGUCGCUAACUUCAUCCAUUCGAAACUUUUCUGACACACCGAUACUAGGCUACUGAGGCCAUUCUUUCAACUCGAUGUCCCUUGGGUCGCCCCCGCGCUGAUCGCUGACCGGACCUUCUAAACCCGCAAGCGAAUGCCGACUACGGCUUCUGUAGAGUUCUUAGAAGGCAUCAUAUCUUCGUCGCCCAACAACUCCCACUCCUCUCUUUCCCUUUUCUUUCCUCCUUCCCCUUCCCCUCUCGUCUUUUCUGCCACGAGGGCUAGAAACGCCAAAUGACAGCACUGAAUUUCUUCUUUACAGUGUCUGUUUACAGCCAGCCACAACCGACGAAAGCAGGUGACGUUACCUUAAGAACCCGUUAAAAGUAAUCUACCGAGAAUGACAAGGCCGCCAUUGACAUAGAUAGGUCCACUGUUGAGCAACGUUGACCACUUUUGAAACAUUGACCAGCCUUUCUGGGGCACUUUAUUCCUCUUUAUGCAACUUCUCUACCACAGCGAGGCAAAGAGUAUUGACAAGGGAAGUGAUUUGAGCGAAUUGGUACAUUGUAACUUUAUUUAUGCGCGCAGAGCACGAUGAAUAAACAAAGAGAAAGCGAGGUGGAGCCGAAGCUCGCAGCUCCGACUUUCCUCUGUUCCUUUUUCUUUUCUUUUUUACCUUAAUUUAUCGAGCAAUACGUAUAUGAAGUGAAGAUGUACCACC